AGCUUUAGUAAAUGAAAUGUCAGUGAAAAUCAUCCUAAAUCGACACCAUUGUAUCAUAUUUCAGAAGUAUGUAUAUGUGAUAAAUAACGUAAAAUAUUGGCUUACCUAUUAAAAUUAAGUGAAUAAAAAAAAUAUUAAGCAAUAUGCCUGCACAAGAAGUUGCUGUUGUACAACCACCGGCGACUGAAAAUGAAGAAAAUACUGCACCAUCAUCUCAGCCCAUUGUAGGCAUUAUUUAUCCUCCACCGGAGGUUAGAAAUAUUGUUGACAAGACUGCCAGUUUUGUGGCUAGAAAUGGACCAGAGUUUGAAUCAAGAAUUAGACAAAAUGAAUUGGGAAAUCCGAAAUUUAAUUUCUUAAAUUUUGGUGAUCCAUACCAUGCAUAUUAUCAGCAUAAAGUGAAAGAAUUUAAAGAAGGAAAAGGUCAAGAGCCUACUAUAGGAUCAGGACCUGGAAAAACAAUUAAUCUUAGUGCUCAUCAAAAACAGCAAGAAAUUUUGAAACAAGUUGAACAACCAUUUAUUCCAAGAGACACUCCUGCAGAAUUUGAAUUUAUUGCUGAUCCACCUUCUAUUUCAGCUUUAGAUUUGGAUAUUGUAAAACUUACAGCACAAUUUGUAGCUCGUAAUGGUCGUCAAUUCUUAACAAACUUAAUGAAUAGAGAACAAAGAAAUUUUCAAUUUGAUUUUUUACGUCCACAACAUUCCUUGUUUCAGUAUUUUACAAAACUUUUGGAACAAUAUACUAAGGUAUUGAUUCCACCUAAAGAUUUAUUACCUCGUUUACGUGAAGAAGCUUCUAAUAUGGAUAAAAUUUUAGAACAAGUUAAAUAUCGUGCUGAAUGGUUAAAGUAUCAAGAAGCUCAAAGACGUAAAGAAGAAGAGGAAUUAGAACGCGAAAGAGUUGCAUAUGCACAAAUUGAUUGGCAUGAUUUUGUUGUAGUCGAGACCGUUGAUUAUCAACAAUUUGAAGUUGGUAAUUUUCCAGCUCCAACAACGCCUGACGAAGUUGGUGCUCGAGUACUUAUGCAAGAAAGAAUAGAAGAAGGUGAAGAUGUAGAAAUGCAGAUUGAUAGUGAAGGAGAAGAUGAAAUGCAAAGUCGUACAGAAGGUGAAAAAGAUCGUGCAAAAGAUAAUAACCAAGUACAAGAUAUGGAAGAGGAUUCAAGUGAUGAAGAUGAUGUAUCACCUCCAGGUGAUACUCAUAAAUUGAAAGAACCGAAACCACGUGAUAGUAAUAACAUGCAACCUCCACCAUUGCCACCUACUCCAGGAAAUGUUGUAGUAAAGAAGGGAUAUGAUCCUAAACAACAUGCGAACAAAACUGCACGUCCUGCUGCUCCCGACGAAUACUUGAUAUCUCCAAUCACUGGAGAACGUAUACCUGCAAGUAAAGUCCAAGAACACAUGCGAAUUGGAUUAUUGGAUCCACGUUGGGUGGAACAAAGAGAUAAACAUCUUGAUAAGUUGGCUCAAGAAACAGUAUUUGCACCUGGUACAGCGAUUGAAGCCAGUUUGAAACAACUUGCUGAAAGGCGUACCGAUAUUUUCGGUGUCGGUGAUGAAGAAACUGCUAUUGGUAAAAAGAUCGGAGAAGAAGAUAAAAAGAAAGAUGACAAAGUUACAUGGGAUGGACAUACAUCAAGUGUUGAAGCAGCAACUAGAGCAGCUAGAGCAAAUAUUACUUUGGAAGAACAAAUUCAUCAAAUACAUAAAGUUAAAGGACUUCUUCCAGAUGAAGAAAAAGAAAAGAUUGGUCCAAAACCUGCUAAUCGUGCAGCUGAGCUGUCGCACAUGGCAGCAGCUGCUUCAAAACCUCAAGCUACAUUAAAGGCACCUCCAAAACCACCAGCUCCAAAACCAGUACCUGUUCCCACACAACCACCACCACCUCCUACUAUGAGUAUGCCUACUAUGGGAAUCCCUCAACCAAUGAUGCCGCAAGCACCGAUGAUGAUGAUGGCUCCUAUGCCUCCGAUUCGACCACCACCGCUUAUGACACCAGCAAUGUCGCCAUUUAUGCCAACACCACCACCUAUGCAACCACCAAUGACAUCUGCUAUUGGAUUAAAACAUGCUACUGAACCUAUGGAGGAAGAACCUCAAACUAAGAAACUUAGAACUGAAGAUUCAUUGAUACCAGAACAACAAUUUUUGGCUAGAAACAAGGGUCCUAUACAAUUAAAUAUUGCUGCACCAAUGAUGACAGAAAAAGCAGAAUGGAAAUUAAAUGGUCAAACAUUAAAUAUUACUUUGCAAUUAAGUGAUACUGUGGCAACAAUGAAAGCUCUUAUUCAUGAACAAACUGGCAUGCCUCCUGGCAAACAAAAAUUACAAUAUGAGGGAAUGUUCUUUAAGGAUAGCAAUACUCUUGCAUAUUACAAUUUAACAUCUGGCAAUAUAAUUAAUCUUUUACCAAAAGAGAGAGGUGGUAGAAAAAAAUAAAACAGAAAAUUUUUAAAUGUAAUUAUAUAUUUACUUAAAAGAUUAAAAAAAUCGAUAUAUUAAUAAAAAUAUUACAAUUGCUUUUAAUGAAUAAAAAACAUCUAUAAUAUUAAUAAA